AUGACAGAGCAGAACCAGCUAAAGAAGCAAAAGACCACGGAGCAGCCACCAAGGCCUCAAAAUAUCGGUAUCAAGGGUAUCGAGCUGUACAUUCCCUCGAAAUGUGUAAACCAAGACGACCUGGAGAAGUUUGACGGUGUCUCCCAGGGUAAAUACACGAUUGGACUGGGCCAGACCAACAUGUCGUUCGUAAACGACAGAGAAGAUAUUUACUCCAUGAGCUUGACAGUGCUGUCAAAACUGUUGAAAAACUACAACGUGGACACCAAUUCCAUCGGCAGACUUGAAGUCGGUACCGAGACUUUGCUCGACAAGUCCAAAUCCGUCAAGUCCGUGCUGAUGCAGCUUUUCGGCGAAAAUACCGACUUGGAAGGUAUCGACACGGUCAAUGCAUGCUACGGUGGUACCAACGCGCUUUUCAACAGUUUGUCGUGGAUCGAAUCAUCCGCUUGGGACGGCCGUGACGCGAUUGUUGUGUGCGGUGACAUCGCCAUCUACGACAAAGGUGCCGCUAGACCAACUGGUGGAGCCGGUACCGUGGCCCUACUGAUUGGGCCAGACGCUCCAAUUGUGUUCGAUUCUGCUAGAGGCACUCACAUGGAGCACGCUUACGAUUUUUACAAGCCAGACUUCACCAGCGAAUACCCUUACGUUGACGGCCAUUUCUCUCUGAGAUGUUACGUCAGUGCACUUGACAAAAGUUACAAGUUUUACUCGCAAAAAGCUAUUGCCAGGGGUCUCGUCGAGCAACCUGCGGGGCAAGAAGCCGUGGGUGCCGCAAGCUUCUUCGACUACAACGUUUUCCACGUUCCUACGUGCAAAUUGGUUGCCAAAUCAUACGCCAGAUUGCUCUACAAUGACUUCAGAGCCAACCCUUCGCUCUACCCGGAGGUGGAUGCUUCUCUCGCUACUCUAGAUUACACUGCAAGUUUGACCGACAAAAAUGUUGAAAAAACGUUUGUGGGCCUCGCUAAGGCUCUGCAAAAGGAAAAGGUUGCGCCUUCCUUGAUCGUACCUACCAACACCGGAAACAUGUACACCGGCUCCGUGUACGCGGCCCUCGGAUCGUUGCUUUUCUACGUUGGCUCUGACGCUUUGCAAAACAAACGUAUUGGUCUCUAUUCGUACGGUUCUGGUCUAGCUUCCUCGAUCUUCUCGUGCCGUGUCGUUGGUGACAUCAAAUACAUCACCGAUGUCCUGAAUCUCGACAAGAAAUUGAAUUCAAGAAUCACCGAGACUCCAGAGGGCUACGAGGAGGCCAUUCACCUAAGAGAGGGAGCUCAUCUACAAAAGGAUUUCGAACCCAAGGGCUCUAUCGAUCAUUUGCAAUCUGGCGUCUACUAUUUGACCAAAGUCGACGACAGAUUCAGAAGAGAAUAUGCCGUGACCCCAUAG